AAUAAAGCAAUUGCUACCCCAGUUCAAGGAGUCUGGGACAUGAGGAAUAAACAGUUUCACACUGGAAUUGAAAUAAAGGUUUGGGCCAUUGCGUGCUUUGCUCCCCAGCGCCAAUGCACUGAAGUUCAUCUGAAGUCCUUCACAGAACAGCUGAGGAAGAUUUCCAGAGAUGCAGUUUGGGGGCAGCCGUGCUUCUGUAAAUACGCGCAGGGAGCCGACAGCGUGGAGCCCAUGUUCAGACACCUCAAGAACACCUACACUGGGCUGCAGCUGGUCGUGGUGAUUCUGCCAGGGAAAACACCAGUCUAUGCGGAGGUGAAGCGCGUUGGCGACACGGUGCUGGGCAUGGCUACGCAGUGCGUUCAGAUGAAAAAUGUGCAAAGAACAACACCGCAAACUCUGUCCAACCUUUGCUUGAAAAUAAAUGUCAAACUAGGAGGCGUAAAUAAUAUUUUGCUGCCCCAGGGAAGACCACCAGUGUUCCAGCAGCCCGUGAUAUUCCUGGGUGCAGAUGUAACCCAUCCGCCAGCCGGAGACGGCAAGAAGCCGUCCAUCGCUGCAGUUGUAGGAAGCAUGGAUGCUCACCCCAAUCGCUACUGCGCCACUGUUCGGGUCCAGCAGCACCGCCAAGAAAUCAUCCAAGAUUUGGCUGCCAUGGUCAGGGAGUUGCUCAUUCAGUUCUACAAAUCGACCAGAUUUAAACCGACUCGAAUAAUCUUCUACAGAGACGGCGUUUCUGAGGGGCAGUUUCAACAGGUUCUCCAUCACGAAUUGCUGGCCAUCAGAGAAGCGUGCAUUAAACUGGAAAAGGAUUACCAGCCUGGGAUUACGUUUAUAGUUGUGCAGAAGAGGCACCACACCAGACUCUUCUGCACGGAUAAAAACGAGCGGGUUGGCAAGAGUGGGAACAUUCCAGCUGGUACCACAGUGGACACAAAAAUCACCCAUCCCUCCGAGUUUGACUUCUACCUGUGCAGUCACGCUGGUAUUCAGGGAACAAGCAGACCUUCUCACUACCAUGUCCUCUGGGAUGACAAUCGUUUCUCUUCGGAUGAGCUGCAGAUCCUUACCUACCAGCUGUGUCAUACGUAUGUACGCUGCACUCGCUCAGUUUCCAUCCCCGCGCCAGCGUAUUACGCACACCUGGUUGCCUUCAGAGCCAGGUACCAUCUGGUGGAUAAAGAACACGACAGUGCUGAAGGAAGCCACACUUCAGGUCAGAGUAAUGGCAGAGAUCAUCAAGCACUUGCUAAAGCAGUUCAAGUUCAUCAGGACACCUUGCGCACUAUGUACUUUGCUUGACAUGUUUUAAUGUUUAGCGCCUCAGUACAAAUUCCGAGUUGGAUUCACACGAGACCAGCUGCACUUAGACCAACACUUGCCCGAGCUCCAGUGACAGCCAGCAAUGAGUGAUGCAUCUUGAAUUUCUUUCUUUCUUUUCCCAUUGGCAAGAAAGCUUUCCGUCCAGAAUUUCAGACUUGAUUACGAACUGCAUUCUCGUACCAAACCCCGCUAGUGUUGCAAAUGUGGUUUGCCAAAAAAAAAAAAUCUCUUAAGCUGCUUGGUAUAAACCAGAC